UUUCAGUCUUUCACGAAAACUCAUCUCCACAACACACGAACAGAAAAAUUUGCGUUCCAAAAGAAAGGAAAGAAAAAAAAAACGAGCAACAAAUCUCCGAUAUCCGCGAGUUCAAAGACCUCUCCGCGCGUUCAGACCCGCGAUCGGUUCGCAACCGCCGCAGUGCCCAUUUCCGCCGCAAAUUCCGGUGUCCGACUUCCGGCCUGAUAUCGUCGGAGGGAUCCAAACCAAAUUCUGCAAACUAGACAAAUUCCACGGAGAAGAAGGAGGACGACACCAUGAUGGCCGAAUCGGACAACACGGCCGAGGCCACCCGGCGCCUGAACGUGAAGAAGCAAACGCUGGACGACGCGUACGCCAUUCCGGCCAACUUUCUCGAAAUUGACGUGGUAAACCCGCUGACGACACUGACGGCGGCCAAAAAGCGAUACACCGACUACGAGGUCCGCAUGCGGACAAACCUGCCCGUGUUCAAAGUGAAGGAAUCGAGCGUCCGAAGACGGUACAGCGACUUUGAGUGGCUACGAAACGAACUCGAGCGCGAUAGCAAGAUCGUGGUGCCGCCGCUGCCGGGCAAGGCGUGGAAGCGCCAGAUGCCGUUCCGGGGCGACGACGGCCUCUUCGACGAGAACUUUAUCGAGGAGCGCAGGAAAGGGCUGGAGCAGUUUGUGAACAAAAUCGCCGGCCAUCCGCUGGCCCAGAACGAGCGCUGUUUGCACAUGUUUCUGCAGGAGCCGUCCAUCGACAAGAACUACGUCCCCGGCAAGAUCCGGAACACGUAAAGGCGACGCGGGCACGACCGGAAGAGAUGACGACGACGGAGAAUUGUUUCUUUCUUCUUUUUUUCCUCCCUAUUAGACAUGAACACACACACUCACCAACAUUUGCGUGCAAAUGGUGGUUGAAAAAGGCGCGAGCGCCGUUUAGAGAUCUAAAAUUGCGAUUUGAGCGAAGAAAAUCGUGAAAGUGUACUAUUUUCGCUUCUGUUUAAUUCUAUUUUUUUGCCUAAUUGUGUAGAACGAACGCGCUGAGGUGAACAAAACUGAUCAUCGAAAGAAACAUAAAAAAAAGUUAUGUUAAGUUGAGCUAAAAAGUACCCAUUUAUGACAUGUGUAUUGGAAAGGAGUAUGCUGUAGGUAAAACACUAAACAAAAUAUAAGCAAUUUCAACUCACA